AUGGCAGCUAUCGCUACACACCCAGGCAACAACCGCUUCCUGGAAGCAGCCUACAAGCUCAAAACGGGCACCGAAGCAGAGUGCAAAGCGCUAUACGAAGAAUGGGCCGAGUCAUACAACGACGAUGUGCUCACCGGACAAGAAUACGUUGGGCCAAUGUUGACUGCAGCGGCAGUCAAAGCGGCCAAUGGCAGAGUGGAAGGUGAAUGCCUCGAUGCCGGUACGGGAACUGGACUUUGUGCUGUUGCUCUGCACCAAGUCGGUGCUCGCACGAUCGAUGGCAUUGAUCUUUCCGAAGGCAUGCUCAAAGUCGCCGAACGAACCAAAGUGUUUCGCAACUUGAAAGCUGUCGAUUUGUCUAAGCCCAUCGAUAUCCUUGAUGGCAAGUACGAUGUUGUGACCUGUGUUGGAACAUUCACUCUUGGGCAUGUGGGUCCUACACCGGGACUAUCGGAGCUCGUGAGGGUAUUGAAGAAGGGAGGGGUUUUGGCUGCGACGAUUAUUGAUGAUAUCUGGGUCCCACAAGGUUUCAAGGCGGAAGUGGAGAAGUUGAGGGAUGCAGGGAAAGUCGAGGUUGUGAGUACAGAGCUUGCGGAUUACCGAAAGGCGUACAAUGUGCGAGCACGACUGGUUGUGCUGAGGAAGAAGUAG